GAUAAGCACCCAUGGUCAUGGUGGAUAACAUUGUUUUAUAUGGAAUGGUAUGAUUAUACACGCAUCCGAUAAAACCCCAUCUGAAUUUAUAAUUCUGAAGAAAAGUAAAAAAACCCAGAAAAAUCAUGUCUCUGAAUAUCCCUCGCUCUGUAAUUCUUCUGCUCCUCCUCCUCCUCUGCUCCUUCACUGCAAUCUCAGCUCACGAAAAUGAAGACCCAACAAUCAAAACAAUGGAGGAUUUCUCUGGCUACCCAUUUCACGAAUCACACUCUACCUCUCAGUCUCACACUGUUUCUUUACUCUCAGUUGACACUCAAAGUUUGCAGAAACAGAUUGAUGAACUUUCGACUUAUUCGGAUACACCUGCCCCAUCAGUUACCAGGGUCUUGUAUACUGAGAAGGAUGUAUUGGCGCGUAGGUUCAUCAAAAACUUGAUGGGACUUUCUGGUCUAUCUGUUAGAGAGGAUGCUGUUGGUAACAUAUUUGGUCGGUGGGAAGGCUAUAUUCCAGAUCUUUCUGCAGUUGCGACAGGUUCUCACAUUGAUGCCAUUCCAUACUCCGGAAAGUAUGAUGGUGUUGUGGGUGUUCUAGGUGCUAUAGAAGCCAUCAAUGUACUGAAAAGGUCUGGCUUCAAACCCAAAAGAUCACUGGAAGUUAUCUUGUUCACCUCAGAAGAGCCUACGCGUUUUGGAAUCAGCUGUCUAGGAAGCCGCUUAAUGGCAGGGAUUGAGGCCUUGGCCAAUGCUCUGAAGACAACAGUUGAUGGUCAAAAUGUAUCCUUCUUAGAUGCUGCAGGAUCUGCUGGCUACACUAAACAUGAAGAUGAUUUAUCGAGUGUGUUCUUAAAAAAAGAAAGCUACUCUGGUUUUGUGGAAUUGCAUAUUGAGCAAGGCCCCAUUUUGGAGGAGGAAGGUAUAUCAGUUGGUAUUGUAACUGCCAUUGCAGCCCCAGCAAGUAUAAAAGUGGAGUUUGAAGGCAAUGGAGGCCAUGCCGGUGCUGUCCAAAUGCCAAAUAGAAAUGAUGCUGGACUAGCAGCUGCAGAAUUAGCACUAGCUGUUGAGAAACAUGUAUUGGAAUCUGGGUCUGUUGAUACUGUCGGUACAGUUGGUAUUCUGGAGCUACAUCCUGGAGCCAUUAACAGCAUCCCAAGUAAAUCGCAUCUGGAAAUUGACACAAGAGAUAUUGAUGAAGAGCGAAGAAACAUUGUAAUUGAGAAAAUUCAUCGAUCUGCAAUUGCUAUAGCAAGUAAACGUGGGGUCAGUCUAUCAGAGUUCAAAAUCAUAAAUCAGGAUCCGCCAGCACUCUCUGAUAAAUCAAUAAUUGAGGCAAUGGAAGCUUCGUCGAAAGAGCUAAACUUAACGCACAAGUUCAUGAUUAGCCGAGCUUACCACGAUUCAUUGUUCAUGGCCAGGGUUUCUCCGAUGGGUAUGAUAUUCAUUCCAUGUUACAAAGGUUACAGCCAUAAGCCUGAAGAAUAUGCAUCCAUUCAGGAUAUAUCUAACGGGGUCAAGGUAUUAGCAUUGACCCUAGCAAAGUUGUCAUUGCAGUGAACCGUCGGAGUUGAUAGCUUGUAAGCUUUUACAUAUUGGGGUUAUACUUUCUUCUAAAUUCUAGUGUUUGUUCAGCAGUUCUAACAAUGUGGUUGUUUCUCUGUGUGCGCGGGCACGCGUUAGAGAGAGAUGCAAAAACUCUGCAGACAGACCUCAUUGUUUAUAUAUCAACUGUAGAAUCAGAUUGGAAUAUCAACUCAAACUAGUGCUAAUUCUGUCUCA